AAAAGAACAAGAGGCCACUGAAGACAAAACUUUCUGCAAACGCCUGCACACGCUGAUGCGCGCAGGCGUCUGUCAGGAGGAGAGAGUGCUCUUCAUUGCAGGACUUCUAUGCACCUGUUAACACUCUGACAUGAUUUUCAGCUGAAGAACUGCUAAGUCCUGGAUUUUUUCACCGUCGACCCGAGGAAACUUUGCAUGUCAGUAAUUUUUCUAUUUAUCACAAAGAAGAAGAAAGUGGGAACUCCCUUUGGAAGGAACAUAAAAUCUGUGAAGUUUGAACAAGCAGGCUUCCCAAGAUGUACGGAAUAUCUCAAAUGAUGUCAACACCAGUGGCAAGUUCUUCUGGCUCUGAGAGAAGAUAUACUGGAGAGCUGUCUCCCACAUGUGUUUUCCCAAGUUUUGCCUGUGAUUUCCUGGAUGGUGACACUUCCUUCAAAUGCUGCUCUGUAGAUCUAACAGCCUCCCACUUUGCCUGUCGCCGAAGUCCCAGACUCCUCUCCAAUGGAUACUACACUUGGACAGAAGACAGUUUCCUCUGUGACAAAGAUGGCAAUGUAACUCUGAACCCACCCCAGACCAAUGUUCUUUACAAGGAGAAUUUAGUUAGAAUAUUUAGAAAGAAAAAGAGAGUCCGCCGUUCCUUUUCUAAUCUCUUCAGCCUCGGUACCUCUAAAUCCUGGCUGCAUGGAAACAUCUUUGGCGAUGUUGACUCUUCCUUAAGUGAGGACGCCUGGUUAGAGGAGGUCAGGAGGCUGGACAUGCAGCAUUGCAAUGAAACUGGAGGGGAUUCUGACUGUUCCCUGACUGAUGCCUGGGAGUCAGAACAGCCGAAUGUAGCCCCCUCCUCUAGCCAUGCCAUGUCUCAGAUUCCACGACAAAACUCCCACGAUGGGGCUCUUCAGUCUCAUGUGAUGUCUUCUGAACAUUUCCCAGGGAACAUUUUGGAUCGUGCAAAAGCCAGUCUGUGGCAAGAGGUCUCCUUUCCAGCAAUUCUGCUGGCUGUGUUCCUUAUCAUCUGUGCAUGUGCAAGAUGGUUUCUGGAAGGAAUAUUAGUCAGUGUCUUCACAUGUUCACUGGUGGUGAUUAUUGCCUAUACUGCCAAGCCAUUAUUUCUUGGCCUUGCCAGCUAUGUCAAAACCACCACCUAUGCUCAGUUUGCCAAAAUUUGACAACCACUUAGGAAUGUCUCUGAUGAAUGCCUUCAAUCUGAAUAUCCAGAAAUUGUCUGAUUUGCAGUCUGCUUGGAAUCAAUUGUUUUAUUGGAGGAGAA